UUUUUGCUAUUUUUUUUUCUAUUAUUGUUAGAAUAAACUAAAAAGAUUUUAUCCAUGAAAACCACAGAUAACACCUAUAUAAAGAUAAGGGUUUUUAACUUUAUACAAUAUUUGCAAUUGUAAUAUACAGCUGCAACAUUAUCCAUUCAUAAAUUAAUUUAUUUAAUAAUGGAAGGACAGGUGAAAUGUUGAUUUCAAUAAGAACCUUUGUUUAUUCCUGUUUUUUUUUUACACAAACAAAAUAUAACAACACAACAAACUGUAAAAAACUGUUAUUUAAAAAAAUGACUGGGGAAAAAGCCCAAGUGAUAAAUUGUACAUUGUUUUUACGAGUACCGUUAUGUCAUUCUUGCAUUUAUAUAACAACUGUGUAUAUCAUUAUCGCCGUAUCAUCAGCUAUUUUGUCGCUAUUUUUAAACGUCUUAACACUGGUUGCAAUUUAUAAAACACGUAGUUUACAUACAGUGCAGUAUGUGUUCAUCUGCAACACGACUAUCUGUGACAUCGCAAUGUCACUACUUGUGGCGCCAUUAUGGUCCUUUGUAAUGACAGCAUCUUUGUAUGAAGUAGACAUUUCUUGUGAUAUAGCAACUGCUUUAGGAUUUGUUUCGACAUUUACUGGCAUUAUACAAUUUUUAAGUUUAGGCUGUACUGUGUUUGAUUUAUAUCUUGUGUUAUUGGAACCAUAUUUUUAUCAUGAAAAGAUACAUGAUAGUCCAAGAUACUAUGUUACAGUAUGCAUAAUCAUGUGGCUUCUUAACAUUGUCUUACAUGUCAUUGCAACUGUAAUGACAGUGAGAAAGUUGACAACAACGUUCGUUGCUAUUGUUUCUCCUAUGAUGACAUUCGUCUGUUAUUAUUUGACCUAUAAGAUAUACCACGUGAUUUUAAAAGUUUACAAUACUGCCCAAUCUUCCUCUGCUAAAGGUACCAUGCAUCAAAAUGAAACUGAUAUUGAAAAGAAAAAAAAGUUCUUCAAGUUCACAUUCGUUAUGUUGUUGUCUUUGACAGUUUGCUAUGCACCGUUUGGUACUAUUAAUAUGAUUCGUAUCAUUUCGUUGAAGUUAUAUCAAGAAGACAAUAUGUUACACAUGUUUCAUCAAUUAUCAUGUACUUUGAUUUUCGUUAAAGCAUUGAUUAAUCCGUUGUCGUACUGCUACCAAGGAACAAAAUUAAGAAAAGCAAUUACAAACAUUCUCUUUAAACUGUUUUGUGCAAAAAAAGUUAGUCCACAAACUCAAAUUGUUUCGUGAAAAAGUUCUUUUUAAGUUGACAAGAUUGAUUUAUAAUUUUGUUUUACUUUUUGUAUAGUAAGUCUUUUAUAACAAUUUUGAAUUUCAAACUUUAACUUAAAUAAACAAGAAAAAAUUGGUAUAAUUUGAGCCUUUAUAUAAACUAUAUUUUAUAUGUCAAAGAAAAUGCACUGUUCUGUGAACAUAACUAGUUACUUAAUAAAAGUUACUUUUCAAUAUUUUUUUUAACAGUCAGGAAUACUUCUAACACCACUUCACUGUAGGUUAUGUAAUUUUACGUUCCUAUUCUACUUUUGGUUUCGUUUCUUUCUUAAAAAAGUUUUUUUGUAGCUUCUGUAGCUUUUGUACUACGAAAGAUUCUUUUGUGGCAAUUUUUUUGUUAAAAUUUGUUUAAUUCUAAAAAAUAGAUAAAGAGAAAUUAUUCAUGAACAUAAAUAUAUAAUUUAAACUUUAUAUAAAAAAUAAAUAUGAAAUAUUACCAAGAAAGUCUGAGGGCUUCGAAUUUAAUAAGAAAAAAAAAACAAUUGAGAAUCAUUCUGAAUUAUUACUUACAGCUAUGUUUCUUAUUCAUGUAAAGGUUAUUUAGUUAGUAAGUUUUUUUUCAAAAAUUGAAACUAAAAACAUGAAGGAAUUUGUUUUGAAAAGUAAUGGAAUCCACCAUCAAUUUAUUUUCAUGGGUGCUACCUGUGGUGUUAAUUCUUUGUUUACACUCUGAGUGUUACGGUUAAGGUCGUGCCUAACUUCUUAUGUGUAUUUGCUAAACUUAGAAAAUUUCUCUCCGAACAUGUCUUCCUUGUUCCAGGUUUUCAGGUUUAGUUUAAGUUUUGUUACCCUCUGUUUCUUUUUCCACAUCAAUUAUUGUAAUGUUAAUAUUGUUAAAAUCUAAUUAUCUAUUUUUUAAAAAAUAUUGUAUUACGAACUAUAUAAAGGAAAGAAAAAGCUGCUAUAUUUUAUCAGCACUACUCAUUCUACUAAUUAUCCACCACUGGCAGUGCGUAACAUAAGACAACAAUGCAACUCUUUUGAAAUAGCAAACUUGUUAGAAUCAGAAGCAUAGACUUGCUUUUUUAUUUUUUUUAAACAAUUCAAUAGCUACAUUAAGUCUUUCAUUUUGAAAUGCAGAAUCUCCUUGUGGUUAUGGUACGCGGUGAAAAGAUAAAUAAGCUGCUAAGAAAAGAAACCACUACCACGCCUUGCUACUGUCACCCGCCUUAAAGUUUCCACACACCUGUUAGAAUUGAUACACCCACCCAUGUAAUUGUCAUUCCAUUGUAGAACUGUCAUGUCACCUUCACUGCAACUCUAAAUAAACUUAUUAAACCAACUGUGAAAAGUUUUAACAGUUAACUAGUAAGAAGUUUUUACCAUAAUGAAAUUAUAAAGUUCAAAUAAGAAAAAAAUGUAAUAAUUAUAAAUUGUAAUAUUUGAUGAUUUUUAUUCUUGGUUGUAGUUUAGUUUUAGGGGAAAUUCAGUUUUGAAACGUAGUAUUUCAAGAUGCACAUUUCAUUUGCAGUAGAGAGAUGCAGUAAGAAAUAUUUUUUUGGGCGAAAUAAAAGCCACCAACACGAGACAACUUUUUCUUAGACAGCUUUUUGUGAGAUUGGUUGGUCAGACUUCAAUCUUUGUUUGUUCUUGAUUUUGUCAAAAUUUCCACUAAACUGAUGGUGUUCUGGUUCUCAGUACUUUUCUUGAUAACUGAAUUUACUUGUUUUAUAUCUAAAAAUCAGCACUACUACAUCAUUCUCUGCAUUCUCUAUUCUAUCACACAUCCUUAUUAUAUGCUAAAAAUUUUUGUUGUUGAUAUUUUACACUUAA